AUGCCGGGCGCGUCGACGGCCCUGCCCCACCUCCGCGACGGAUACGACCCGUGCACGUUCGCGCCGUGGGACAGCGCGCACGCGGUGGUGCGCGCGAGCGCGUGGGUGGACGUGUUCAGGCGCUCGACGACAUCGUUCGAGGUUCGAGCGUUGGGGGACACGCGGGCGUUCGCGGACGACGCGGAGCGAGAAGAGCGCGCGCGGGCGUUUGGAAGGGCGUUUGAGGAUGUCUUGCGAGCGGUCGAGCUCGGAGACGACGCGGAGGCGGAGAAGGCGUGUCGAGAAGCGAGCGGGACGGCGUGGCCGGCGGCGUGGCGAGGGGCGAACUGUCUCGAACUGUGUCGAGCUCGGGAUGGGUUACUACGCUCGCACGGGUUUGCGGAUGUUUUUGAACAGGUGAAACGAGAGGAGAACGAGACGGCGAUGCGAGCGGUGUUAGGGGUGUUCGCCCGGUGCGACGCGGUGGAGGACGACGACGCGCGGCUCUUGGAGCUCGUGCGAGGCGCGUUCGCGGGGAACAUAUUCGAUCUCGGCGCCGCGGCAAGUACCGAAUUGUUCGAAAACGGCGGGGUAAACUUCGCGAGGACGGUGGAGACGCUCAGACCGCGACCGUGGUGCGUGGACGACUUCGACGCUUUGAGAGCGCGCUUUCGUGAGGUGCGGCACAAAAAAGCCAUCGUGUUCGUUGAUAACGCCGGCGCGGACGUGUGCCUAGGGAUGAUUCCGUUCGUUCGCGAGCUCUUGAGACGAGGGACCGAGGUCGUGCUCGCGGCGAACGAGACGCCGUCGAUAAACGAUAUCACGGCGCGCGAACUACGCGAGCACGUCUUUCCGUUGCUCGUCAAACAAGACGACGAAACGUUAUGCGAGGCGAUCGCGAGGGGACGCUUGCGCGUCGUUUCAUCGGGAAGCGACAUGCCCGUGAUUGAUUUACGAUAUUUAUCCCCCGAGAUUUGCGCCGAGGCGAAGGACGCGGAUCUUCUUGUGCUUGAGGGCAUGGGGCGAGGGAUCGAGACCAACCUAUUUGCGCAGUUUACAAUUGACUGCCUGAAACUGGCGAUGAUCAAACACGAAGAGGUGGCCACGCUUUUGAAGGGUAAUCUGUACGAUUGCGUAUGUAAAUUCGACGUCGGGAGCGGCGCGACGUGA